AGUGGGAGUUGGGGAGGGUGGACGUACGUGUUCUGUGCCGCUCUUGAAGUGUAUCCUCCGAGACGUGAGACCAAGAGGAAAAGAGGAAGAAGGAAGAGGAAGACCAAAGAGGAAGAGGAAGAGAAAAAAAAGGAAGAGGAAGAGAAAAAAUAAGGAAGAGAAAGAGAAGAAAGGAGAAGAAAGGAAGAGAAAGAAAGGAAAAAAAAGAAGUUCUUGCCUCUUUUCCCUCUCUCUCUCUCUCUCUCUCUCUCUCUCUCUCUCUCUCUCUCUCUCUCUCUCUCUCUCUCUCUCUCUCUCUCUCUCUCUCUCAUCCCCCUUCCCCUCAUACACCUAUCCAAGAUGACGGUCGCCCCUCCAGAAAAGGGAAUAGGAGGAGGAGGAGGAGAAAACGUCGAACUCGGGGACAAGAACAUGAACGGAUACGCAACGGAGAAAAUGUUGAACGGGGAGAAACACGUCGAGGAAUUGCAAGGAAGCAGCGAGGUGUUCGAGGUGAUCAUGAGGCACGUCGGGAGCUUCGGGAAGUGGCAGUGGAUCAUGUUCUUCGUCACCUCCUUCUGCGGCGUCUUCACGGCCUUCCAUAACCUGGCGGCGGUGUUCCUGGCAGCCAACCCCGAGCACUGGUGUCACGUGACGGAACUCGAUGGUUUACAGACAGACUACGACAUCCGCAACGUUUCGAUUCCUUGGAUACAGGAGAAAGACGGAGAGAAGAAAUACUCGAAAUGCUCCUACUACGACAGAGACUGGCCACGUUUAAUAGCCAGCGGGAUUCUCAAUGGGUCUUCUCCCCCGGACCUGCCCAUGAACGAGACAACUGCUGCUUGCGAGAAAUGGACGUACGAUCACUCAAUUUACGAGAGCACCGUUGUUGAAGAGUGGGACCUCGUCUGUGAUAACAAGUACCUUAUGUCGACGGUCCAGUCUACUUUCAUGGCAGGAGUGCUGACCGGCGCAGUGGUCUUGAGCGAGCUUUCUGAUAAAUAUUGGGACCUCGUCUGUGAUAACAAGUACCUUAUGUCGACGGUCCAGUCUACUUUCAUGGCAGGAGUGCUGACCGGCGCAGUGGUCUUGAGCGAGCUUUCUGAUAAGUACGGCCGCCGCACCAUCUCCCUCGUGUCCGCCGUCGGGAUGCUGGUGUCCUCCGUGGCGGUCACCUUCGUCAGGCACUACGAGCUCUUCAUCACGCUGAGGUUCUUCGUGGCUGCCUUUGGGUCGGGGCUUUUCCUGCCCAAUUUCGUGCUGCUCAUGGAGGUCGUGGGCCCCGAGGCGCGCACCAUAAUGGGCAUGAUGUACCAGGCCUUCUUCAGCGUGGGCUUCAUGCUCCUCCCGGGCAUCGCCUACUUCGUCAGGGACUGGAGGCAGCUGGAGCUCUGUAUCUCCGUGCCCACCGUCGUCCUCCUGCUCUAUUACUGGUUACUUCCGGAGUCCCCUCGGUGGCUGAUGCAGCAAGGGCGCCACGAAGAAGCCCUCAAGAUCCUGGAGAAGGCGGCGAAGGUGAACGGGGGGAAACUGCCCGAGAAAGAGGAGUUGGAACUUAUCAUGAGCAAAAUGACUGUCUCUUUGGAACCUGAAGAAAAGAUAGCACAGGAAGAGAAAGACACUGAGGACAGAACCAACGUCUUCGAGAAAAUCGUGAACUUCUUUAAAAGCAUCGUGACCCUCCUGAGCACCAAGAACAUGCGCCGCCGCUGCCUCAUCAUCUUCUUCGCCUGGUUCGUCGUCAGCAUGGUCUACUACGGCCUCACCUUCAGCGGGGGAAACAUCGACGCCUCCGUGUACCUCAUGGUGUUCAUGAGCGGCCUGGUGGAGAUCCCCUCGUAUCUGCUCGUCUGCUGGACUCUGAAGAAAUUCGGGCGGCGACUCAAUUUGUGCGUUCUCUUCAUCAUCUGCGGCGUGACCCUCCUGAGCACCAAGAACAUGCGCCGCCGCUGCCUCAUCAUCUUCUUCGCCUGGUUCGUCGUCAGCAUGGUCUACUACGGCCUCACCUUCAGCGGGGGAAACAUCGACGCCUCCGUGUACCUCAUGGUGUUCAUGAGCGGCCUGGUGGAGAUCCCCUCGUAUCUGCUCGUCUGCUGGACUCUGAAGAAAUUCGGGCGGCGACUCAAUUUGUGCGUUCUCUUCAUCAUCUGCGGCGCUGCCUGCCUACUCAUCCUCGCCGUGCCCAAAGAGGAGGUAUGGCUCAACCUGACCCUGGCGACCAUCGGCAAGUUCUUCAACUCGUCGGCCUUCGGCGUCGCCUACAUCUACUCCGCCGAGCUCGUGCCGACGGGCGUGCGCAACAUCAGCGUCGGGACCUCGUCCAUGUGCGCCCGGAUCGGCUCCGCCCUCGCGCCCUUCAUCGUCGAUCUGCUGGGUGAUGUCCACUACGCCGUCCCGUCCACCGUCUUCGGCCUGCUGUCUGUCGCCGCCGGUCUGCUGGCUCUCCUGCUGCCCGAAACAGGCCACAGCAGACUCCCCGAGACUGUGGAGGAGGUCGAGGCCAUGCCCAGGUAGUGGGGCGAGCACAGGGAGUGGUGUUGAUGGCCAAGGACGCAGGAGGUUAAGUGGAAGCGACCAGUCACGUCUACAACAGUGGUUCGAAUUUCUUCUUAUCUCCCGAAAGAGGAAAAGGAGUUUUACGAAAAGAGAAGAAGACAAAAAAAAGGAAGAAAAGUUAGAAAAAGAGAGAUUUUGCUGGUUCAUAUCUCUCUCUCUCUCUCUCUCUCUCGGAACAUAGGAGGUGGAAGGAAAAAGGAAAUGAAAGAGUGAAUUACUAAAAAGAGGGUUAGAGUGCGACAGGAGGGAGGUUUGUUUGAAUCACACACACACACGCAUGCACAUACAGACGCACGCACGCAAUCACAAACACACAAACAAACAAAUAAACAAAUAAACAAACAAACAAACAACACACACACACACAUGCAAGCACACACACACACACACAAACAAACAAACAAACAAACACACACACACACACACACACACACACACACACACACACACACACACACACACACACACACACACACACACACACACACACACACACACACAAACACGCAUACACAAUCACACACACACAAAUUCAUGUACGUAUAUACACAUAUAUAACCAUACCGGUUUUUUUUUCAUCAUCAAGCAAUAAUCAGUGCUUGUGAAAACGAAUGAAAAAAUCAUCCCACAAUCACGUGAUUUUCCUUAACGUUGAGCGGGAAAAUCAAUGUCAAAGAAAAUUGUUUUGUCUUCCUAAGAUCGUUUGUUCAUAGCGUUGUCAUAUUUUUUCGUCGUUUUUAGGUUUAUAUCAAUGGUUGUUUGUAGUGAGAGUGUAUGAUGUUUGUUGGUUAGGAUAAAGAGAGAGAAAUAAAUAAUAAAGAUGGUGUGGAUGUUGAUAAUGUUAUUUCUAUUUUUUUUUGUUGUUGUUGUUAUUUUGUAAGAUGUGUUUGAAUAAAUAUAUUGAAAUAAA